AUGGAGAGUAUUGUGGUGGAGGAGAAUCAUUGUAUGAGCAAUGUUAAUACUUUCUCCAAGUCAGAUGGGCUGUUUAUUCAGAUUAACUUGAUAUCUAUAGAUCUUGUUAGUGCUAACGAUAAGAGUGAUGCUGAUAUUCAUAUUGACAUGGAACAUUCCUAUGAAGAAACUAGAAUGAACAUAAGUACAGAUGAUACUUUGGUAGAAGAUGGAUUCAAUAAUUGUGAUAUACCUCAAGAAAUCCAAGAAUCAGAAAAUGAGAGUGAUUGUGAAGAAUUUCCAAGAAAAUUUACUGAACCUUGGAAUUUUGGCUCGCCUUCUUAUGUAUGCGUGCAUUGUGGAUCAAUUUUAUGGUAUGAAGAGAGAACAGUCAAAUCUAAGAGGCCUAGGAACCCAAAAUUUUCUCUCUGUUGUAUGGAGGGUAAGGUUAAGUUACCUUUGCUUAGGAAAGCACCUCCUCUUAUAGAUGACCUUUUAGAUCCUGUUGGUAGUGAUCGAUCUAAAACGUUCAGAACUCUAAUCAGAACUUAUAAUGCAAUGUUUGCAAUGACAUCUAUGGGUGGUAAAGUAGAUACUAGAAUUAACGAUGGAAGACACCCUUACAUUUUUAAACUUAAUGGCCAAAACCAUCAUAGAAUUGGAACUCUUCUUCCUAAUGAUGGUCAGGAUCCACAAUUUGCACAAUUAUAUUUCUAUGAUACUGAAAAUGAAGUUCAACAUAGAAUGAACGUCUUUAGCAAUGGUCAAAUUAAUAGUGACCUUGAUCCAUCUAUUGUUAAAGCAUUGGUCCAAAUGUUUGAUGAAUCAAAUACUUUGGUGAAGAUAUUUCGGAUGUCUAGAGACCGUUUCAUUAAUACUGAUGUUCACCAGUUAAGAUUACGUCUUAUUGGCUCCCGAACUACAGAUGGAAGAGAAUAUAACCUGCCUACAUGUUCAGAAAUUGCAGCAAUUAUCGUUGGUGAUAUUGGUGCUGAAAAUGCACAUCGCGAUAUUAUUGUUGAAUUAAAAGAUGGAGGAUUACAACGUAUUAAUGUGUUGCAUCCUUCAUACAUGGCAUUACAAUAUCCCCUUUUGUUCCCAUAUGGUGAGGAUGGUUUUAGACUCGGCAUUUUGUAUAGUAAUGUAGAUGGAAUCAGAACUGAUACAACUGAUUCUGUUACAAUGAGAGAAUACUAUGCAUAUCGAUUGCAAGAACGUGAACAUGAGGGACAUACACUGAUAUAUGGUGGUAGAUUGUUUCAACAAUUUAAUGUAGAUGCCUACACAUGUAUAGAAGAAAUCAGGCUUAUGUGGGUAAAAGAGAACCAAGACAAAUUAAGGAUAGAAUUGUAUAAAGGAUUGAAAGAUGCAGUUAUGAGAGGAGAUACCACCCCUGCAUCUUCAGGCAAAAGAUUUGUUCUACCUUCAAGUUUCACUGGAAGUCCAAGGUAUAUGAUUGAAAACUAUCAAGAUGCAAUGGCGAUCUGUAGAUGGGCAGGUUAUCCGGACCUUUUUAUUACCUUCACAUGCAACACAAAAUGGCCAGAAAUUGAUCUUUUCCUAUCUAGGAAACCUGGACAGAAAGUAGAAGAUCGGCCUGAUGUGGUUGCAAGAGUGUUCAAGAUAAAGCUUGAUCAACUCUUAAAUGAUUUAAAGCAUGGCCAACACUUUGGGAAAGUAAUUGCAGUUGUCUACACUGUUGAAUAUCAAAAAAGAGGGUUACCUCAUGCACACAUUUUACUUUUUCUACAUCAUGAUGACAAGCAUCCUACAGCAGCAGAAAUUGAUAGAAUAAUUUCAGCAGAAAUUCCAGAUUUCAAUGAAGAACCUUUACUUUAUGAAGCUGUCAAACAAUAUAUGGUCCAUGGUCCUUGCGGUUCUAUUAAUUCAAGGGCAAGCUGUAUGAUUGAAAACAGAUGUACAAAACACUUCCCUAAAAAAUUUUGUUCGCAAACAACUGUUGAUGAAGAUGGUUUCCCAGUAUAUAGAAGAAGGAAUAAUGGAAGAUUCGUUGAAAGAAAUCAGGUCAGACUUGAUAAUCGAUUUAUAGUUCCACAUAAUAUUGAUCUGUUGGUGAAAUUUCAAGCACACAUAAAUGUCGAGUGGUGUAAUCGUUCAAGAUCUAUAAAGUAUUUAUUUAAAUAUAUAACAAAAGGGCCUGAUCGUGCAACUUUGAUUCUUGAAGAAAAUUUACAUGUUGAUUCUUCUACUGGAAUGCAACAUAUGACAGAUACUGAUGAAGUUAAGACAUAUUUAAAUUGUAGAUAUGUGUCUGCCAUAGAGGCAUGUUGGAGGAUAUUUGAAUUUGCAAUUCACCAUCGAGAGCCUGCUGUUCGAAGACUCAGUUUUCACAAUGAGGACGAACAACCAGUUGUUUUUGAAGAUACUGAUUAUUUAAAUAAUGUUGUGGACAAGCCAGAUAUCGGAAAAAGCAAAUUUACAGAAUGGAUGAAAGCGAAUGCAUUGUAUGAAGAAGCAAGGGAAUUGACUUAUUCUGAAUUUCCUACUAAAUGGGUUUGGCAUAGAAAAGACAAAGAAUGGAAAUUGAGAAAAUCUGGAAGAUGUAUUGGGCGUAUAUAUUAUGCUCAUCCUGCAAGUGGAGAACGGUUUUAUUUGCGGAUGCUACUUAAUGUUAUUAAAGGAGCUAGAUCAUUUAAGGAAAUACGAACUAUAAAUAAUAUUGUAUAUCCAACUUUCAGAUCAACAUGUUAUGCACUUGGUUUGCUUGAUGAUGAUAAAGAGUGGCACGAAGCUUUGAAUCAUGCAUCGUAUUGGGCUUCAGGAAAACAACUACGAGAACUUUUUGUCACAAUGUUGAUUUUUUGUGAGGUUGCAGAUCCAUAUAAAUUAUGGAUUUCAAAUUGGCAGUUGUUAUCUGAGGACAUUUUGCAUCGUCAAAGAACAGUUUUACGAUAUGACAACCUACAUCUUGAUGACUCUCAAUUACAGAACUACGCACUAUGUGAAAUUGAACAGAUUUUGGUAAAGAGUGGCAGAUCUUUGCAUGAAUUUGAGUCAAUACCAUAUCCAAAUACAUUACUUCUCAGACAAAGUAACAAUAGAGUAUUACAAGAAGAAUUGGAUUAUGAUAGAAACUCUUUGGCAGCAGAACAUAUUAAACUUUUUUCUGCUCUUAAUACUGAUCAAAGAAAGGUAUAUGAUGAAGUAAUUUAUUCUGUUUCAGAAAAUAAAGGUGGCUUCUUUUUUGUUUAUGGACAUGGAGGAACUGGAAAGACUUAUCUUUGGAAAACCAUUAUAUGCCGAUUGCGCUCAGAAGGGAAGAUAGUUAUUGCAAUUGCAACAUCUGGAAUUGCUGCAUUAUUGUUGCCUGGAGGGAGAACAGCUCAUUCAAGAUUUCAAAUACCAAUAAAUAACUUAUGA